AUGAAGGAUCCCGACCGUCUCAACCGAAUUCUGCAAGAUCAACCUUACAUUGAAGGGUGAAUUUUUUGCACAUUUUUUGAGUUCUUGCAUGAAAAUGUGUGAUUUUGAUGUGUUUGUGGUGCACAAUUUGUCUAGACCUUUUUGGAAUUCUUUAAAGAUUCGAAAACCCGUCUGCGGCCGAUUUCACAGCAAAAUCUGCGAUUUCGUUGAGCGAUUUGAGGGGAAGAGAGCAUUUGGAACGCUGGUUUCAUCAUUUGGACACUUUUGAGUGAGAUUUUUAUUAUCCAAACAAAAAACUUUUUCUCCCUGUUUUCCGCUGAAAAACUCAAUUUUCGAUCAUUUCCGCGAAAUGUCAAUUUUUGUGCAGAAUGAGCGCCGAAACAGCCGUCCUUUCGACCGAAAACCUUCCGCAACAGAUUUUGGACUUUUUGGGCACCGCCGACGAGUUCAAUUCAAUCCAAUUGGCUCAGAAAUGGAGUAUCGACCAUCAGAAGCUGAUCGGAGGAAUCAAGAGCAUUCUGACCAACGACGGAGUAUGUUGUGGGCUGAAUUUGUGAAAAACGUUCGCAAAAAUCGCGUAAAUUUGCAGGUGCUCGCGACAAAAGACGUGUCGGAGAAGCGCUUCGAGCUGACGGGCGAGGGAAUUCAGAUGGCCGACGAGGGAUCGCACGAGUUCCGCGUCUACGAAUUCAUCGGAGACGACGGCGUCGCACAGGCCGAUGUCAUGGUGAUUUUUUGAAUUUUUUGAAUAUUUUUGGAAGGACAAGAAAACUGGCGAAAAAAUGUUCAAAUUCUCAAUAUAACGGAAAUUUUUUACAUUUGUUUUUAAUGGACGCAUGAUUUUUCAAAAAACAACUUCAUGUUUUAAAAAGGAACUCCGAGAAGGGAAUAAAAUGGUUACAACAAAAAUUCAUUAAAUCCAACUUUCUCGUAAAAAAGUGUUGAUUUCUCAGAAGCAACCGUUCGGAAAGAUCGGAGUGGCGAAGGCGAUGGCCGCCAAAUGGGUCCAAAUGGACAAAUCGACGGGAAAAGUGAAGCGACAGGCCGGAGAAGUGGUGGAUACGGUCAGGAAACAGCUGGAAGCCAUCCGGAUCGGGACAGAAAUCGGCGAUAAAGAAAAGGCCGAAUUGAAGAAGAGGAAACUGAUUAGCGAAGUGUUAGUUUUUUUUUUAAAUAAAAUAACAGAAAAAAAGGUUUUUUUUGUUAGAGAAAUUAGAAGUUUUCGGGGUUGGACAAUUGGCUGGCCCUUGCCCUAGACUUUUGACCCACUUGCAAUAAUCCGAUUGGACCCAAACUUUGCAAGCUUCUUGAACUUGAAUUGAAGUAUAUUGGGACCGAGUUCCAGCUUGAUCGCAAAAUUUACUGUCGAGAUAUAAUGAAGUCCGGGCUUCCGAUCAGUUUAGGCCAAUGAUCCACAUAUCUCGAAGCCGGAUAAUCCGAUCGGGUUGAAACCGUAA